UCUAGCAAUAGGAUCAGUGCAGGUGGCUAACCGGCACCUAAUUCUCUUCUCUGCUCUACUUCAUGUUGCAUUCAACUUCUCGAUAAGAUAAAAGCUUCAACAUAUAUAUGUAUAUAUAUAGUAAGCAUAUGAAUGAGAAGAUGAAUUAAGAAGAUAUUAAUUAUUUGAAGAAUGUGCUGCUGCUCUGAAGACUGUAAAUGCAGGCCACUUGGGUUUCUGUUGGGCCUGCCUUUUGCCUUCUUGUCUCUUUUCAUCUCCCUUGUGGGUGUGCUUGUUUGGAUUGUUGGGUUGAUUUUGACGUGCAUAUGUCCUUGUUGUCUUUGCGUGACCAUCAUAGUAGAGUUUGCUCUGGCGCUCAUCAAGGCUCCUAUUGUGGUGAUGGAGUGGUUCAUCUCCAAGAUUCCGUGUUAAAAUAAUCUUUCUAUUUUCAUCUUAAAUUAUAAUGGUUUGGUACAUUGUCUUUUCAUUAAUUAUUUCCAUAUCAUAAUUUUCUGAUUGA